UAGUCGGUCAGCUCAUAAAGGCAUGAACAAGUUACAAAACAGGAGAAACAAGCUCACGCAGAGGUGAAAUUAAAGAGAGGAGGCGUGUUGUUAACGAAUUUCUUUCAUUUAACUGGAUGUAGCCUCCGGAAUAUGUCAAUCAAUGGAUCCUGCUACAACCACAGCUCCGAUGCAGACCGACUGUGAGACAGAGUCCAGUUCAAUCUGGAGCUGGUGGCCUUCCUGGCGUCCGACCUCCAUGUCUCUGUUAAAGACGACAGAGUCCAAGAUUCUGGCUUGUAUCCAGAACGACCUAUGGGCUCGCUUUGUGACCCUGUCGAACCAGGACCGAAUAUGGACUCUGAGCCUCACCAACAAAGCCAUGCGCAAGCCUGCAGAACAAGUCCCAAAGACUCCCUUGGUGAUGGUCCAUGGUUUUGGGGGAGGGGUCGGCCUGUGGAUCAGGAACAUUGACGCCCUGAGUCGGUCGCGGCCCGUCUACGCCUUCGACCUCCUGGGCUUCGGCAGGAGCUCCAGGCCGCCCUUCCCCUCAGACGCCGCCAAGGCCGAGGAGCAGUUUGUCAACUCCAUCGAGCAGUGGAGGCAGUCUGUCGGCCUGGAGAACAUGAUCCUGCUGGGACACAGUCUGGGGGGGUACCUGGCUACCUCCUACGCCAUCCAGUACCCCACGAGAGUGUCACAUCUAAUCCUGGUGGACCCCUGGGGGUUCCCUGAGCGACCCCAGACUCAGAACCAAGAGGAUCCAGCUCCGGGUGCAGAGGUGGUGAAGAGGCCUCCACUCCCCCGCUGGGUGAAAGCCGUGGCCGCCGUGGUUUCCCUGUUCAACCCGCUGGCUGUGAUCAGAGCGGCGGGCCCCUGGGGUCCCGGCUUGGUGAACAGAUUCCGUCCGGAUUUCAAAAGAAAAUUUGAAGAUCUGUUUGAUGAUGACACGAUGACGCAGUACAUCUACCACUGCAACGCACAAACCCCGAGUGGCGAGGUGGGUUUCCGGGCCAUGUCGGAGUCUCUGGGCUGGGCCAAGAGGCCCAUGCUGCAGCGGGUCCACCAGCUGCCCCCCUCCAUGCCCCUCAGCAUGCUGUACGGGUCCCGGUCCUGGGUGGACAGCUCGUCUGGGGACCAAGUGGUCCAGAUCAGGAACCAGAGCCACACAAGAGUCCUGCUGAUCGAUGACGCUUCUCACCACGUGUACGCUGACGAACCAGAAAAAUUCAACAAAGUGGUGGAAAAAAUAUGUAGCUCUGUUGACUGACGGCCGGCCAGUAUGUGUGUGUGUGUGUGUCUGUAUGUGUGUGUUUAUAAAGGACUGAAAGUACAAAGACACUUCCUGGAUGUGUAACUGCACCACUGGGACUCUAGCAUGGGCAGAAAGCUGAACAGUUUUGCGUCGGGGCAUAUCAAGAGUUUGAAUGUCAUUUUGUUUUGAAUCCUGUUCUGACAGGUUAUUUAUAUUAUUGUAGUCAAGCUAUCUUGUCAUUUUUAAGCAGAAUAUGUUCAUUGUGUUAGUUAAUGUGAUCCUACAGAGCAAUAAUGAACCACUGCUUCAGUGCUAAAUUAUAUUGUUCAUUGUUGUAUUUUAACAUUAAGUGAAACACGCUCACCACUCUGGAUGCACUGGUUCAUGUUUUUACUUUUUAUGUGCCUGACAUGAAGCAUUAAGUACUGUAUGACAUGUUUCUAUUUAAUCCCUGAUUGUCUCUUAAAUGUUUGCCUCGAAGUCAAACAGCUGUUUUUUAUUU